AUGAGCGCCUCACAGGACCAAGAUGUAACUGGGACGGCAAAGGUCGUCUUGUCAACCGCUUCACGCGGCAGACGUAGACCGGGCCGUCAGUUCAAAAAGCCUACGUCGAGUCGAACCUCCCGGUCAAGAUCUGGUCCAUACGACAGACCCUCCAAUUCUCCCGCAACUCCGCGCUCGCAAGCUCGAACUAUGUCUAUGCUGGAGGCUCUCCCAUAUGAGGUGAUUGAACAGAUCUUUCUGUACUCACUCGAAUUGAACUUCCCGCGCGCAUCGCCAUUUCUUUCCCAGGCUCUAUCCCGUGAGAAUGUAUACCGAAUUCUCAUCCUCCUCGCCUUCUGGCGCGAUCUACGGACCUACCCCGGGAGUAAGACCAUCAACCGCAUGAUGGCUCCGUUCGACUAUACCCCGCUUGAGGAAGAUGAGCGCAAGACCCUACAAGAAGCAGUGCUUAAGUGCAAAUGGUGUACGAUAGAUCGCGUGCUUCAGAGGAUCCCGGAUAUGCAGAUCCUGACCAUUCACCGCUCCUGGAUUAAUGCUGGCAUUGUGGUAGACGAGCACCAAAACGAAGAUUUCAAGAGAUUCAUGGAUCGCAAGCUGGAGUUCCAGAGCGUUUUCCAUGGCAUGGGUGAACCGCAGAAUAAAGCCGUCGGGCCCGCCAAAGAGCGCAUCCGGCAGAUUUACUCACGGCUCACUCCGCAAUGCCACAGAGGUCCCUACAAUUUUGACCUCAUCGUUCACCCCAUGGUGGACAUUGAAAUCAAAAAUCGUGAACUCAAAAUGGCCAUGCUUGUACCAGCUCUGGAUCUCUGCAGCUUUCCAUCCCAUCUCCUCCGAGGCGGCAGCAACGGCUUUUCCCGAGAAGACGUCCGAUUUCUGGAGAUGCUGCGCAUGACUUCCAGAAACUGGACUGACGAGAAGCCCAAGAACAGGCCAAUUACAGAAACAACUGUCGACCGCAAGGCUCUGCAUGAAGGACUUGAUAAUGCAAUCCGUCAUUACAACUACCAUGCGCUUAUCACGCUUCUCAAGAUUGACGAGUUUGUCUUCCGCUACAAACUGGACGCUCCCCCGGCCCGGUAUACAAUCCCUUCUCAUGUAUUUGUCACUGCUGCCAAGCUCCCUCCUCGAGAAGGAACUACCCCUACCUGGCGCUUCUUCGAGGCUCUCAUUCGCGCUAGCGCGGAAUCUAUUCCCCGCAAUUCCCCCGAGAUCACACAGUGGGUUGUCGAUACGAAAGCCCGGGGCCAUGACGGCCAGAAUGGGUUUGAUACCAGUGCCAAAUUUGCUCAAUGGGUAUCGGGUUUCCAGAUUCAACUGCCCAAGCAUUUGAGAGAGCUUCAUGGUCCAUCAAUACAACUGUUCAAUGGUGGCAAAUUGAACUGGCUUUUGGUCGAGGGUGGUGAGUUGCUCGUUGCGCUUGGUAUCGACCUUGCAGACACCAGUGAGAAUUCGUACAUGCAAGAUUGGUUGACUGCAACCAAUAUCAGCUUGGAUAAUUAUUGGGUAAUGGAAUCCCCUACUUCGAAAUGA